AUGAAGGAACCAUCAAAACCAUGGAGACCAUUCACAUCAAACUGUUGCACAACAGAAAACCAAACAAUUUUUAGUAACUUCAGUAAAUGCAAACCUUCACGGUCAGAUUAUUCUAAGAACAUUGCUCCAUUACCGUCUUUUAGGAGACUUUCUUUUUCUGAUCUUAGCCGUUCGUCUUCGACGCGUAUCAAUGAAGAUCUUGCACUGUCUUUUGGUUCUGAUUUGUUUGAUUUUCAGCUGAGUGAACUUCGUGCUAUUACUCAGAAUUUUUCGAGUAAUUUUUUGCUUGGUGAAGGUGGGUUUGGAACGGUUCAUAAGGGCUAUUUAGAUGAUAAUUUUAGACAAGGUUUGAAAGCUCAACCUGUUGCGGUUAAGCUUUUGGAUAUUGAAGGUUUACAAGGACACCGCGAAUGGCUUGCAGAAGUGAUUUUUCUAGGACAGCUAAGACAUCCCAAUUUGGUCAAAUUGAUAGGAUAUUGUUGUGAGGAUGAAGAAAGACUACUUGUCUAUGAAUUCAUGCCAAGAGGAAGCUUGGAGAAUCACAUGUUCAGAAGACUAACAUCACUACCAUGGGCAACAAGAAUAAAAAUCGCAAUUGGUGCUGCUAAAGGCCUUUCUUUCUUGCAUGGAGCUGAAAAACCAGUCAUUUACAGAGAUUUCAAGACUUCCAAUGUCUUACUUGAUUCAGACUUCACAGCAAAAUUGUCGGAUUUUGGACUUGCGAAAAUGGGGCCAGAAGGAUCAAAGUCACAUGUUACAACCAGAGUUAUGGGCACCUAUGGAUAUGCAGCCCCAGAAUACAUCUCAACAGGACACUUGACUACAAAAAGCGAUGUCUAUAGCUUCGGAGUAGUCCUGCUAGAACUGCUAACAGGAAGAAGAGCAACAGACAAAACAAGACCAAAGACAGAACAAAACAUCGUAGAUUGGACAAAGCCAUACUUGAGCAGCAGUAGAAGAUUGAGGUACAUUAUGGAUCCAAGGCUUGCAGGCCAAUAUUCUGUGAAAGGUGCAAAAGAGAUAGCACAUUUGGCAUUACAAUGCAUAAGUCUGCAUCCUAAAGACAGACCAAGAAUGGCAAUGAUUGUUGAAACACUUGAAAGCCUUCAACAGUUCAAGGAUAUGGCUGUUACUAGUGGACACUGGCCAAUAUCAUCAAAAUCUAUUAAAAAUGGAGCCUUUGAUGUGAAAACUAGAGCAAAUGGUGCAAACCAGAAGCAGUUGGCUCCAGUUAGGAGCAAAAAAACUUGA